AUGGCUACGCAGGGCUGCUCGCAAGAUCGCAGCAAUCUGGAGAAGUACAUCCGCCAGCUGGCAAUGAAGUCCGCCCAGAUCAUUGUGCAAUCGCGGUUGGGCGAGAAAAUCGCUACCGAAAGCAACCCCAACUCAACGACAACGGACUGGUUUAACAUCGCCAUCACCGAUCAGCAGUCCAUCUUCGACGUCCUGAUCGAGACGAAGAAAAUCCUCCAGGAAGGCGUGCAGCAUGAGUCGAUCGUGUCGCGUUUGCCUCUGUGCGUAGAAAUUUCACUCCAAACCGCCGAGGGCGGUAGCAUGAUAUUGGAGUUCUGGACGCUAAGCAUCAAACCGGACCAAACGAACGCUCCGCAGCGAGCCAACCAGGUGAUCUACAACCGUAUGAGCUUGCUCCUGAAGUCGCUGCUAUCAGUCACACGAGUUACCCCUGCUUAUCGAGUUUCGAGGCUGAAGCGAUCGGAUUCGUACGACAUCUACUAUCGGAUCUACAAAGGCGACUCCCAGACGCAUCUUCUGGGCGAUGGUUACAACGAGGUUCGCGUCGGACAGUUGUGCACACAAAUCGGAACGCUAAACAUGGCCGUGGCCUACCGGACGAAGAUUACGUUCUCGCCCACGCAAACCGGACGCGACAACACGAUCAUGCUGAAAAGCGACCACUUCCUGAAGGAUAUCAGCCCGAAGCAUGUACGCUACAACUACAACAAAAAGCUCGAGAAAAAGGUUAUCGAUUUGGACAAACCGAUGCGAUGCGGUGCCUUCGUAGAUACCUCACGGGUGAAGAAAUACUCCGAGGACGAUUACACACUACCGGAGACGCCCCCGUUCAGCUGGCUGUUGCCGAAACCGCGCGAUGAAAGCACGUUCCGUGACUUUGGGCAGGAUCGCGUCUCGCUCCACUCACCGACGACGGUGGACGAAAAUUGCUCCAGCAACGCGAACAAUCUCAUCAACAACAACACCAACAGCAGCAAGGGAUCGUACGAAUCGAAUAGUGCCGCCGGUCCGAUGCAUUUCCGCCUCUCGCAAUCACCCAAAGGCGCCACCAGUGAACCAAUCGGAGCGAUGGCGAUUCCUUCCGCGACGACAACGACGACGACUGGUGGCACUGUUGUGAUGCCCAGUACCGAAGGAGCCUCUCCGCCGUGUUCGCUUGACAGUGGUGUGGGUGGCGAAUUUAGACGAUCCUCCCGGUGGUCCACCCGAAGAGAUCCUGUCGAGAACGAGCGGAUGUUGAAGGAACUGCAGUUUGCAUUUGCCACGACGACGGCCCAGGGCGAGUUGGCGAAGUUCCUUCGUGAAUGCUCGAACGCACCCUCGCUAAAGGAGUUCGACUUGAUGCACUCGAGUGGUGGUGACACGCUCACGGAGGACGAACAUAUCGAUGGUAGCCGGAUAUUGACGGAAGCCGACACGUUGCCGGACAGUGGCGAAGAAGAUGAUACCAUUGCCGACCUCACCCGCCAACUGGAGCAGUUCGAGACGUCCCUGCCCGAGUAUGAGUACCUCGUGUCCUCUGUAUGUCAGUCGAUCGACAGCAACUCAAAUAGCUAAGCGGAUACUCGGUGGCAACGUGCCCUUGGCGAGCUUUUUGUUUUUUGUUCGAAGUUAUUGAGGGAUGGAGAGAGAGAUGAGGGUUAUAUUAAUUUUACGAGAGAACCAACCUUCGGACUGAUAUUUUUUGAUGAUAUUCAUCUUCACACACACAACAGACACACACACACACACACACACACACACACACACUUUACAUAAGCGACACAGACAGUCCCUAGCACACUGGGUAGCGUAGGAAAGCUUAGAAAGAAUCGGAAGGAUAACGGUUAGCGGAAAUGAUAAGCUUGUAGCGGCGAGGCCAAAGAAGAGGGUUGGUUUAGUGCGAUAGGUGACGAGUGGUACAUUGAGCGGUGAAGGCCACACAGAAAUGGAAAAGUUUGCAAAGUGUGUUUCCUUGCCUUAGCCCAUUAAAAACCGUAGCUUAGGCCGCGCGUGCGUCUGUAAAUCUAUAAUCGAUACAUCGAUGAAUCAAAGUUCCUUAGCGAGCGAGACUGGGGUCGGCGUGCUAGUGGUGUGUAGUGCUAAGUAGGUUCGAUUCCCACCCGAUGCAUACGGUAAAGGAUAGUUACAUUCAUUGGAUGAGUUUUAUUUAUGCGAUUCAAGCGAAAUCAUGCUCUAUGCUAUGCAGCCAUAUAUCGUACACGCGGCAAAGGAAAGCUUUCCGCUUAUGUUUUUUUAUUUCAUUCAGGAUGCGUCUUUUGCAUCUGAAUGCGCUUUAAACGUUUGAACUGAUUGGCUUUAACCUUUUUCUUUCUUUUCUUUUGGUCUGCUUUAAGCGCAUUAGGGUAGUUGUGGAAGGUUGACGUGCUGUUAAGAGCAGGCUCAAGUUUACGGUCCUAAUGGAAGCGUUUUCUCCCCUCGAUCAAACCACCGUUCCCUUGCGAAUCCGUCUGUAAAUAGUACAGUUUCACCAGUUUUAAGCUUCAUUUGCAACCUCAGCUCACUGUACAUAGUAAAUCAUAUGAAGAUGUUCUUUUCCGUCACACUUUUUGAUGUCUGGUGAUUUUGAUCGGAAGACGAAAUGAGGGUCGAAAACGCUUUCUGUUUCGAACGUAAACUCCGUCGCUUGGGUAAUGGAAUUUAGGCAAAAUUGUGAACAAUCACUAAUCAAAAACCUCGUUGAAGCCAGAAACAAUUCUGCAGGCCAAGGCCGAACGUGUUUGUGUGUGUGCCGGGGUCAGCUAUUGUUAUUCACGGUUAUUAUCCUUUUGUCAGAUUAUAAGCGAUUGGGAGGGAUAGCGAAUAAGUGCGUGCUGUUGCCACGCUCAGCGGCUUAAGAAGGGAUACUACCGUUAGAUUGUAAGCUCAUCAAGUCUAUGCUUUAGCCUAACUUUUUUUUAUACCUUGCUAUACUUCUACUGUAUCUUUAUACAAAUACUUAUUGCGCUAAAUGAAUGAUUACUACUCUUUCAAAUGAAAUCACACUAGAAAAUCUUUAUAUGGUUUAACUAUUUUUCGCAACAAUCUUUCGCAAUUAGAUUAAAUUCUGUAGCACCAUAGUUAACUGUUUCGCUUUUCCUUUGAAAAGAAUAUGUCGAAUUAUACGCCAAAUCAUACACGUAGGUUCUGUUCUAUCCUUACCUAAUUUACGAUAAUAAUAUCUUUCAUUAGUAUUUUGUUUCAAUCAAAAUUUUUGCCUUUAUUCCUUUCAUUAUGUUUCAACGAGACUGACGGUCAUUGAAAUGGAGGAUUAUACAGUAAGUCGUGCUAUAUUUCGUUCCAAAUUUAGUUUUACUUAAAAUUCGAGUCAUUUUUCAACCUUUAUUUUGAGUUACGUUUCUGAAGCAAAAGGCACAAAAUAUCAACAGGUAAAGGUACGGUUCAACAUGUUGGACUAGUUUAGGUGGUUGAGGUUAUCGCGGAUAAAAGAUGGAAACUACAUUGGUAACAUUUGGAUCUAAAUCAACAGCUUUGUUUUCGUUCGUUUUGAUUUUCUGAAACACAAGAUUUGCUUCACUUGAACAAUGAACACUCAGGCUAGAAUACAAUAUUGACCCAGAUAACGCGAAAUAGAACAGAAGAAGAAGAAGAAGAUUUACAAUUAGGUACAGUUGGAUAAAUACCCUAGGUUACCACUCAGCUUACAUACUGCUCCAAAUAGUUUACGAAAAUGCAUCAUCCCAGAGCCGGUUUAACAGAUUAUACAGGACUCGCCAGAACAUUUCAUACAAAUAAAAUCAAAUUAAUAAGA